CCCUUGAAUUUUUGGCUUUUCUCUAAGACUGAUUUCGGCGAUUCGCGUGCCAGGAAGUGCUUCCUGGUCUUUAAGAUUUUGUAAGAGAGUAUCUAAGUGUCGUUCAAAGAAAAGGAAAAAAAAAAAAAGUUUUAGGUAGAUAUCCUUCAAGAAAUUCAAGUCUUGCGAGAGGCCUUGGAAAACCGGACGGAGGAGGUGAUUCAAGUGGCGAAGAGGGAAAUGCAGAGACUCCUGGACGAGGAAUGCCCCGGCAGAAAGCGAAGGGAAAUCGGGCCUUCGUUGCUGCUUUACGAAAGGCUGUCUUACGAAAGGCUGCCUUACGAAAGGCUGUCUUACGAAAGGCUGUCUGCUUCCCCGGGGUUUGAGGAUGGAGACGAAGGUGGUGUGUAG